AUGGCAGAGGUUUCACUCAAUACGAUCAGUGGGUUGACACCUCCUAGGACGAUGAAAGUAAAAGGUGAUGUCGGAGGACUAGAGGUGAUUGUUUUAAUCGAUAGUGGGGCUACGCACAAUUUCCUGUCAACACGGAUCAUACGCCUCUUGGGGGUGGCGGUUGUAGGAAAGGGAACAGUGGGGGUCAAGCUAGGCAACAGGCUGAUGGUUAGAAGUCAAGGAACAUGUAAGGGUGUAGUUCUCAACCUACCAGAAGUGCAGGUGGUGGAAGAUUUCCUUCCAUUCGAUGUUGGGGGAUUUGAUAUCAUAUUGGGUAUACACUGGCUGCGAACUCUAGGAGACAUGAUCGUUAAUUGGAAGGAGCUACGCAUGCAGUUCUGGGAUGGAGGUCGGCUUGUGACAAUUACAGGUGACCUGACCCUAUCGAAAUCCUUGGCUUCAUAAAUGGUGAAAGAGAAACCGACGAGUACAUUUGGAGCGGGGUGGGUUGAUUUCCCCCUGAUUUCUAAGGACUCGGAUGGAUUUCCACGCACCAUGAUUAGUGUUCCACUUAAUCGAUUGAAGCUACUUACGGUGUCUCCUGGAAUAGCAGCAGACGGCAUCUAUAUUAGUCCUUUUUGCAAGUUCCCCAUCGUGUUACACCUUACCAACCCCUUCUUCCUUUCCAACAUUCAGCACUCAUGCUCGUGUAACACCGCCUCCAUCACUAUUGUAUCACCUGCGAACCCUUCCCUCCCGUUAUGUCUUCUCCCAAAACAAAACCAACACAACAUACUUUUUGGGGGAUUAACAAGCUUGGGAAUUGAAGUAUGCAGAUUUGACGAUUUGUUUUGCACACCAUAUGUUUGAUAAAAUGCUUGAACCAAAAGGGAUAUUUCUUUUUCUUUAAAGCCCAUGUACGUGAGAAAAAGCUUAAACAAAUUCAUUCUGCAAUUGAAAAUUCUGGAUUAGAUUGAAUAAUGGUUGUUGUCGUUAGGCACUUUGGAGGGAUCAAACUAGGCACUGGAGGUUUAGUUAGGGCCUAUGGUGGUGUAGCAACAGAAUGCUUGAAAAAUGCUCCUACGCUGACUUAUAAAAUCUCAAGUUCGUAUGGGUGUUGAGGUUAGUUUCGAUCUUUUGGGGGUUGUUUACCACCAGCUUCAGGCAUUUAAAGCUGAAGAAAUAGAACAAGAUUAAGAUACAGGAAAAGAUGGAAUAACAAUGGUGACAUUUAAAGUUAGUUUUGAUCAGGCUGAAGCAUUAGAGGAAGCUUUAAAAACCAAUUGCAGUAGAAACCUUGUAUUUUACAAGCAUUGAUGAAUGGUCCCUGUGGUUUGUAAAUGACGAUUUUGCCCUCAGAUGCCUUGCACAUGUUGUGACUUAACGGAUCAAAAUUGAUAGAGUUAGAUUUGAAUUCUUAGGAAACUUCAACAACAUUAGCUGGAUAAUGCUUCACCAGGCUGUCGAAUGGGCAUUAGCCUCCAUCAAAUGAGUUAAAUCUUAUAGCUAAUAAUGAUAUUGAUAUCAAAAGAAAAAAAUCCUAACCGUUAACUAUGAUUAAAAGGAAAUUUGUGGCAGCAGCAAGGGUGGUGCCCUAAGCUUCUACAGUUCCGAUUGAGGGUCUAUGGAAAAUCAUAUCUACCGAGACACGGAGAGAAAGAAAAGGAAAAACCCUUGAAGUUUUAUUAUAUUAGGGCGAAAUUCUCCUACUUUCUCUCUCUAUACGCUACAAGAUUACUUCCAAACAUACAGAAAAUAAUUAAAAUUUUGGAAAAAUCUUAACAGUUCUUGAUGCCGGCCUCAUCGUCAUCCUUCAAAAGAAUUAGUUCUCUGGGGUAUAGAUGGGAAUGGAGGGAGUGGAUAAAACAGAUAUGCGGUGCUGCUUUGUCGAAGUUGUAAAAUAUGUGUUUAGGAGGAUCUGUUACCCAUCAACUCCUGUCAUAACAUCAGAAAUCAUUGACCUUAUUGUGCAUUAUGAAGGCUGAUACAAAGCCCUAGAUUUUUUUCCAUUCGAUCUCUCUUGAAAAGGGCAUUAGUGUAAGAUGGCAAAUUAAAUCGAUAAAUGGAAGCUAUGAAGGACAACAAUAAUCUCCAGAGCAUUGCCAGUUGAUGGAACCACUGAUUUGGAUUGGAAAGCAGAACUGUAACCAGAACGAAUUACAUAAUGUUUUAUCACUGUUAUUAAGUGCAUAGCAGCUUGCUUUUUGGUAUGAUGGAAUAAAAAGGAAGGAUAGAAUUUUUCAUUCCAUUGCCAGAUGGAAUUGAAUGGAUAAUUUCGUUCUUUCCACGUUCCUUACAAACUCAAAACCUAAGUACAUUGCUAGUAUAUGACUUCUUUCUGUUUAAACUAAUUUAUUCAAUAUGAUGUUUCGGAGAACUCUUGGUGGGGGUAAUUUGUGGGAGACACCGCUUCACUCAGCCUGCCUUAAUGGCCAGAACGAUGAAAAAUGAAAUUUGUCUCAUACUUAUCCAUCUUUUAGGUUAUUAACAUAUUGAUCAUAGCAGGAUCAG